AUGACUCAGCGCUUCAGUCAAGAUAAUUAUAGUUCGUCUGAGGCGUUGGGCAUUCUACAGACAAAGUUUGUGAUAACAGUCGGGAUGCUUCUUUUAGAUGAACUCGGGAUGGGGAAAUUGGUGAUAAUUAAGAAGAUCUCUGAACUUCCUACCUGCCAAUGCAUUGAGUUGGUGGAGGACAUCUCCUCCCCGGACAAGAGUGAGGACGGCGACAAAACAAAGACGGGCAAAAAGCGAACGAAGCUCGAGCUCGCCGUACAGUCCGCCCUGGAGGCUGCCAAGGAUGUUCUGCGGCCACCCACACCCCCACCACCGCCUCCUGCAGAACCUCUGCCACCGAGGGAGGCCGAAAUUCCUAUCACAGCUGGAGCGCCCGGGUCAGAGGGUGACUCAAGCGGAACAGAGGAACCCGGUGACCCCCAGGCGGACCCUGUUGAGGUGCCGACUUCGGAGGAGCCAAACACGGGCAGAACAAUUCAGCGCACACUGGCGGGCCAUCGCCUGUGGAGGUUCACUCCCUUUAACUUUGAAAAGUAUCCUGGUAUGCGGAUGAACGUGCCACCGGACAAGACUGCCUGGACAGUGAGUAUUUUUAGCCCUCCUUUGGCAUUUUGGGAGAACAUCUAA